UCUAGCAUGUAUCCUGCUGUUCCUAUAUGAUAACUAGGGAGUUGGUAAGAAGUUUCUCUUUACAGGAAUGUUUCAGUUAAUAAAAAAGAAGCAAGGGUAGAAUUAGAAAAUUAUGAUUUUGUAAAAAAAGAAAAUUAUGAUUUUGCAAUCUGGAUGGAUCUAGAUCAGGAGUCAAUAAACUUUUUCUGUAAGGGACCAGAUAGUGAAUAUUUUAAGCUUUGUGGGCCCUAUAGUCUCUGUUGCAACUAUUCAAGUCUGCAUUGGAGUGUGGAAGCAGCCAUUGGCAAUGGACGUGAUUGUUUCAGUAAAACUUUAUUUAUAAAAACAGGGUGCACUGGUUGGAUUUUGUCCAUAGGCUGUAGUUUGCAGACCCCUGAUCUAGAUAAUGAUUAUCAGUAUCUGAUAAUAUCACAAUAAAAGAGACACCAGGUUUUGUUCCUCCUAAUGGAGGUACAUGGCUCAUCUUGGGGGGGAAAACCAGAAUCUGAUGAGGCUUUUUGAUUUAACUACCAAUUUUCAGAGAAUAAAAGGAACAGAGGAACAUAUUAGAAAAUGCAGGAAGAAGCAGUCAGCAAAAUCUAGACUUUGGGAAACUCCAGAGAACAAACGACUUUUUAAACAAAUUUUCAAGAGGGAAAAUAAUAUGGAGGAGUAAUCUAGAGAUUAAAAAUGACUUAAGAAAUAUAUCACAUAGUUUAUAGUCUAGGGCUUGUUUCCCUGUAGGAGCUCUGUAUUGCUGGAGAAGGAGCAAAAGUGCCCUAAUCCUUUUAGGAUUAAUUUAUUCAAAAGAAAUAACAGAAAAAUACUCAACAUGCAAAAAGAAAAUGAAGGAAAACUACAGAACAUGCCAAAGGUGGAGGCACACUGCCCUUCAGAAGAUGUACCACAGGAGGCAGAGGGAAAUCCUCAGCCUUCUGAAGGUAUAAGCCAGGAAACAGGAAGCCUGAGAGGAGGGCUGACCCAUCCUGGCCUGGGGUUUAAAGAGGACACUCCCAUGAGGCAUUUGGACCUGGAAGAAAUAAUAAGAGGCGUAGAUGAGUGGGAAAAGCUUAAGAAAGAGAUAAGAAGAGUAGGAAACAAGUUUGCGAUGAUGCAUUGGAAGCAAAGACAUUCAUGCAGCUGUUCUUAUCCUGUGUGUUCUAGACCGUAAAUUCUUUUUUUUUUUUUUGUCUGAUAUUAAAAUCUGGCCCCUGCUUUCUUUCUGUGUUUUCUGAUGUAUCUUUGACAUUUGUUUUACUUUUAAUCAUCUGGUGGAAUUUUUUUUUUUAGGUAGUGUCCUUGGUACCAGCAUCUCACUGGAUUUUGUGUUUUGACCCAUUAUGCAGAUCUGUUUUUUAGUUGGAAAGUUUUACACAUAUGCAUGAAAAUUUAUUCAUCCUAUAUUGCAAAGUUAAACAUAACAUGUUUACAAAGCAGUAUAUUUAGU